AUGCCCGGACUACUGCGCCGUUCAAAGUCGACUCGCGAUACCAAAGCAAAGCUCACUCGCGAUCAACUGGAUUUUAAUUUUGCGCAGGAGAUAAAAGCGCCUUUGGCUGCUGCUGCGGCAGCAGCAGCUGCAGCAACUGCAGAAAAUGAAAAGGUGAAUAUGGCGCAGUCGAACGAACAAACUGGCACCGGGCUCUUGAAGCUUGCCCGGCGCAAGAGCGUUUCUAGCUUCAAUACGACAGUACGGAUUGCGCACGUUGCAGAUGGUCACCCAAAGACAGCAGAUCCUCGUAAUCGUCAAUCAACACUUUAUAGAGCUUCGCCGACACCGCCGUUGCCGGAAUACCCUCCUCAUAGUUUUUCAAAGACGCCAGACAGGUCGGAUAUAGCGGUUGAGGGUGAAGAGGGCUAUGUUAUAGGGGUCGCCAUUGGAAGUCCGACAGAGAUCAAGCUUCGGGAGCAGAGGGAGCAAAGGGAGCAGCGGGAGCGGCAGAAAAGCUCAAGGUCGGAAAUAUCUAUAUUCCCUCCACAGAAUAUGUACUCGAACGAUGCGGGAUCAUCAUCAGCCACGAAGCUCACGAAUAAGCCUUUUGAGGUACAAGUUAAAGGACCGGUAGCAAGUGGUGCUAGGAAAACCCUUCACAAGGAGCGGGAGAGAGAGAAGGAUAGAGGGAGGGAAUAUCCUCAGGAGGACGCCCCCAAGACAGGCUGGAGGAAGAUGUUUGGCAAAGGCUUUUUUGGCAGCAGCAGGAAGGCAGCCCCUAGGCAAGACCUGGAACCAAUGAAGAAGUUGGAAUUGGUUACCAGAGACAAGUUAUCACCUCAUCUGGCACCUAAACAGAAGCCGGUAAAGAAAGGUGCUUCGCCAGCUCCCUGCUUGACUGUCGAUAUCCCGGAGGUUGAGAUGGAGCGCUACAGUGUGAUGUUUGGGACGUUGUUACACCCAAGUGAGAAGUCCACUAUUUUCGCUCGUAGGAAAUCAAGAGAUACCGGGAAUAAGCAGCAGCAGGCGGGGGCCAGUACUGAGAAGCCUUCACAGUUAUAUCUAACACCCCUCAAAAGAAAUGCAACAACUGGCCAGGUUUGCCGUUCUCCAGCAUCAAUGCUUGAUGUUACUCCUGUACCCCCUACGAAUGCCACAUCUCGCACACCUAGCCCAAGCAGCCUCACUCGCUCAAAAACUACAGCCGAAAACCCGCCUCCUGAGCUAUAUGUCGUCCGCGAUCAAUCUCUCGCGGAGCCAGCCGCUCCCAAGGCCGGGGCACCCGGAUUACUAUCUCACUCUAGAUCGCUGAGCAAGAUCUCAAAGAUCUCGGAGGAGAGCACAGUUGAAUCAGAUACACCAAGGGGAAGUUUUGACGAAGGAGACGAUGAAUGGAUGACAAAGGAAGACGAAGCCGAACCGCAGUGGGAGAUGGUGACUGGGCCUUCAAGCGGUCCGAUGACUGAAGAUCAGAUUCAAACUGCGGCCCAGAUCAGCAUCGCGCGGCAGAUCUCUGUCUCACAGCGUCAACUUCUCAUCCCGAUCGUUCCUAAAUCACAACGUCUUGUUAGCCGUGCUACGAUUCGGAGGGCUACGGCGGGCGUAAAGUUUCCAAUGCCCCCAGUGCAGCAGUUACCGCAAGAGGAGAAAAAUGAGCAAAAUGAGCAGCAAAAAGAGGACGAACAGAAACACAGCUCGGGCUAG